AUGAUUUAUACCUGGGACGGGAUCCUGCUUGAUCCUCCACCUCUUGUUGUGGAUGAUCUCCGCGAAACCAUCGGACUUGAACCCUGUAACAAACGACGCAGUCGUACUCACAUUUCUACACGGUUUGGUCAUGUUGUCAAUAUUGAAGACUCGUUCCCCGAGGAAGAUACCACCUGGCGCCCUGACCACAGAGAAACCCCUUUGGAGCACAGUAUUCGUACUAAACGGUUCCUGACUCGGCUGUUCGACUCGGACUGGCAUUCACCAACUCCUGACGACUACGUUUCGGUGACUUCUCACAUGGGAACGAUCAACUCGUUCCUACUGGUCAUUAAUCACCGGCCAUUCACUGUACUUCCCGGUGGUAUGAUCCCUGUGAUAAUUCGUGCUGACAGGGUGUAA